CUUGGAGCCCCGCCUCUCCGCCGCCGCUUCUGUCUCUCUGUGGUUACCGCCGCCUAGAGUGGCCGCCUGUGACGUCACGUCCUCUGUUCCUGAGGUUGAGAGGCCAGUGGUGUUGAGGCGCUUCAGCAAAGAUGGACAGUGAGGUACAGAGGGAUGGGAGGAUCCUAGAUUUGAUUGACGAUGCAUGGAGAGAAGAUAAAUUACCAUAUGAAGAUGUGGCAAUCCCAUUGAAUGAGCUUCCAGAACCAGAGCAAGACAAUGGUGGAACAACAGAAUCAGUAAAAGAACAAGAAAUGAAAUGGUCUGACUUGGCUUUGCAAUAUCUUCAUGAGAAUAUUCCUCCAACAGGAAACUAGUCUAUUGUCAAUGUCUCGUGCAGCAAUUUCUCUGCAAAUGUAUUUCUUAUUGUUCUUCACACGGUCUUUUCAGCCUUCUUUGCUAUGGAAGGAAGGUGUAUGUGGAAAAUGUCUAGGCUUAAAUCACAAGAAA